AUGCGGGCAUUGACGAAUACAGGUUCUUCCAUAUGCAGCGAUGUUUAUAUUAGGAGAUAUACUGAAUCUAUCUAUCUAUCUAUCUAUCUAUCUAUCUAUCUAUCUAUCUAUCUAUCUAUCUCAGGCUGUUCAUAUCUAUCUAUCUAUCUAUCUAUCUAUCUAUCUAUCUAUCUAUCUAUCUAUCUAUCUAUCUAUCUAUCUAUCUAUCUCAGGCUGUUCAUAUCUAUCUAUCUAUCUAUCUAUCUAUCUAUCUAUCUAUCUCAGGCUGUUCAUAUCUAUCUAUCUAUCUAUCUAUCUAUCUAUCUAUCUAUCUAUCUAUCUAUCUAUCUAUCUAUGUAUUCCGACGUGAUAACCGCAGAUUGCCCUUUUCCACCGCGGAUUGGCCUUUUCCACCGCAGAUUGCCCUUUACCACCGCGGAUUGGCCUUUUCCACCGCAGAUUGGCCUUUUCCACCGCGGAUUGGCCUUUUCCACCGCAGAUUGCCCUUUUCCACCGCGGAUUGGCCUUUUCCACCGCAGAUUGCCCUUUUCCACCGCAGAUUGCUUCCGGUGA